AUGUCUUCGACUCCUCAUAUUGGGCCCUGGAGGACUCCAGCAGAAGGCCACCUGACCCCUGAUGCCAAUGGAGACCCUCAGACCGAUUACUCGCGCUGGCGAUUGGUUGACGAAGAAGGCCGCCAGACAUGGCGGUAUCUCGAGUCCGAUGCUGAGAACGAAGCUUGGCCACAAUCGAUAGCUGAUAAAUAUCAUAUGGGACUGCCAACUGGUCUUCCCGAGCUCCCAGAGGCUAAGACGCCAUUGAAAGCCGCAGAAAAUGGACUGUCUUUCUUCUCACACCUUCAGCUUGAGCCAGGAAACUGGGCUUGCGAGUAUGGUGGUCCUAUGUUUUUGCUGCCUGGAAUUUUGAUCACGUACUACGUGACCAAAACCCCUAUCCCUCCUGAGUAUGCGACAGAGAUCAAACGAUAUUUGUUUGCUCGUCAGCACCCAGAAGAUGGUGGAUGGGGCCUGCACAUCGAAGGCCACAGCUCCGUCUUUGGUACCUCCAUGAAUUACGUGGCAUUGCGUUUGAUCGGUGUCAACGAGGAUGACCCGCGCAUGAUCAAAGCUCGUGGUCUUCUGCACAAGUUCGGAGGCGCCAUAUACGGACCUCAUUGGGCUAAGUUUUGGCUCAGCAUUUUGGGUGUCAUGAAAUGGGAGGGGGUUAACCCAGUUCCUCCUGAAAUUUGGCUACUCCCCGAUUGGGUUCCUUUCGCCCCCUGGCGAUGGUGGAUCCACAUGCGCCAGGUGUUCCUUCCAAUGUCAUAUCUGUGGUCCAAGCAGUGGUCGCAUCCUCUCGAUGAUCUAACAAAACAGAUUCGAGAAGAGCUGUAUACGCAGCCGUACGACUCUGUCGACUUUGCUGCGCAUCGAAACUCUAUUCAUGAGUCUGACAAUUAUUAUCCCAAGACAUGGCUGUUAAAUGGCGUGAACGAGCUACUCGUUCGCAUCUGGAACCCAUAUCUGCGACUCCCAGCUAUUGUCAAGCGGGCCGAAGAUUGGACCUGGGAGCUUAUUCGUAUGGAAGAUGAAAAUACCAAAUACGCUGGGCUGGGACCUGUGAACAACCCGAUGAACAUGGUCGCUUGCUUUAUCCACGAUGGCCCUGACAGCUACUCUGUCCGCCAACACCGGGAGCGGCUCAACGACUACAUGUGGGUGAAGAACGAAGGCAUGCUCGCAAACGGUACCAACGGUGUGCAAGUCUGGGACACAGCAUUCAUCACACAGGCCAUCGUCGUUGCUGGGUUCGCCGAUGAGCCUAGAUGGCGACCCAUGCUGACGAAGGCCUUGGAAUUCCUCGAUGACCAUCAACUCCGUGAGAAUGUGCCAGACCAAGAGAAAUGCUACCGCCAGCACCGCAAGGGUGCAUGGCCAUUCAGCACCAAAGAUCAAGGCUACACAGUCAGUGAUUGCACUGCUGAGGGUCUGCGCUCCACACUUCAACUCCAAGAAAUGCAUAACUUCCCCAAGCUCAUCCCUGAGCAGCGCCUCAAAGACGCCGUUGAUUGUCUUCUCCUAAUGCAAAACCCCAGUGGUGGCUUCUCGGAGUACGAAAUUACUCGUGCCUCCCCCAAGGUCGAAUGGCUCAACGCUGCCGAAGUCUUCGGCGGAAUCAUGAUCAGCUACGACCACCCAGAAUGCACUACCGCCUCAGUCACCGCCCUCUCCCUUUUCAGUAAAUUCUACCCCAACUAUCGUGCCUCUGAAAUCCUCGACGCAAAGAAAAAGGCCGUGGCACACAUCAAGCACGUCCAGCGUCCCGAUGGAAGCUGGUACGGCUCAUGGGGCAUCUGCUUCACAUACGCCGCGCUCUUCGCCCUCGAGAGUCUAGCCAGUGUCGGCGAGACGUAUGAUACGAGCGCCGAUUCCCGACGAGGCUGUGAUUUCCUGAUCGAGAAGCAGCAGGAAGAUGGUGGCUGGGGUGAAUCUUAUCUUAGUUCUGCUACACACCAGUAUGUCCAACAUGAGAAAUCGCAAGUUUGCCAAACUGCUUGGGCUUUGUUGGGCUUGAUGGAGGCCGAGUAUCCUGAUAAAGAGCCUUUGGAAAGGGGUAUCAAGUUGUUGAUGAAGCGUCAACAAAAGAACGGAGAGUGGUUGCAGGAGGCUAUUGAGGGCGUGUUCAACCAGUCUUGUAUGAUAUCGUACCCUAACUACAAGUUCUAUUGGCCUAUUCGGGCUUUGGGCUUGUAUAGUCGGAAGUUUGGAAAUGGGGAACUUCUGUAG